AUGGCCGGCGAUGUGCAGGUCUCCCAGCCGAAGAUGUUGCAGGCGCAGCUCAAGGAGUAUCAGCUCAAAGGUCUCAACUGGCUGGUCAACCUUUACGAGCAAGGUAUCAACGGUAUACUGGCAGACGAGAUGGGUCUCGGCAAGACCGUGCAAUCUAUUUCGGUCAUGGGCUACCUGGCCGAGCAGCAUAACAUUUGGGGACCGUUCUUGGUCAUCGCGCCAGCCUCAACACUCCACAACUGGCAGCAAGAAAUAACCAGGUUUGUGCCAGCCAUCAAGGUUCUCCCAUAUUGGGGCAGUGCAAAGGAUCGAAAGAUCCUGCGGAAGUUUUGGGAUCGGAAGCACAUCACGUACACGAAAGACUCCGAGUUCCACGUUCUCGUUACUUCAUAUCAACUUGUCGUUCAGGACGCUCAGUACUUCCAGAAGAUCCGAUGGCAGUACAUGAUUCUAGACGAGGCACAGGCCAUCAAGUCUUCGAGCAGUUCGAGAUGGAAGACUCUUCUCGCGUUCCAGUGCCGAAACCGACUUUUGCUGACCGGCACGCCCAUCCAGAAUAACAUGCAGGAGUUGUGGGCUCUGCUCCACUUUAUCAUGCCCACGCUGUUUGACUCACACGACGAGUUCAGCGACUGGUUUUCCAAGGAUAUCGAAAGUCACGCGCAGAGUAACACCAAAUUAAACCAAGAUCAACUCAAGCGGUUGCAUAUGAUUCUCAAGCCGUUCAUGUUGCGACGUGUCAAGGCCCACGUGCAGAAAGAACUGGGCGACAAGGUUGAGAAGGAUGUUUUCUGCGAGCUCACCUACCGACAACGGGCGUACUACUCGAAUCUACGCAGCAAGAUCAGCAUCAUGGACCUUAUCGAGAAAGCAGCGCUGGGCGGUGACGAGGACACGGCCACGCUCAUGAACUUGGUCAUGCAGUUCCGAAAAGUGUGCAAUCAUCCGGAUUUGUUUGAACGAGCAGACACGACUUCCCCCUUCUCCAUGUCGUAUUACGCCGAGACUGCCUCGUUCGUACGAGAGGGCUCCUUCGUGCAGGUUGGCUAUUCCGUUCGCAAUCAGAUCCAAUAUGAUCUGCCUCGAGUGCUAUGCAAUGAUGUUGGGAGAAUAGAUAUCGCUGGGCCCAGCAAUCCGUACGCCGGCUUUCGACGCGCUGGCUUCAAGGCGACGGGACUUGGGGGCCUGUUGCGGAUCUGGACUCCUGAGCACAUCAAACGCUCGGCCGAGGAGGACGGGGCUUUCUCAUUCCUACGUUUCGUUGAUGCCUCGGUUGGCGAAGCCUCGUUUAAUGGCGAGUCGGGACUUUUCGAGCGGGCCAUCAAGCUCAAGAAACAGCAGCGACGGGGCUUACACAUUUUCCAAGAUUCUGAAGAUGGACCGGACCGGCCGCCAGCACAUGCCAUGCUCAACAUCGUGGAGAACGAGCCCCGCCGUGCACUGAUGGAACUGGAUCCCAACUCGCCCCUCGCGAGACUUUGCAAUAUCUCUCGGGAGAGCCUGGCGGAACAUGGGGUUUCGGUGCUAGAGCCAGCGGCCCGACCGAAAGCGCUAGCUCCACCGAUCGAGAUCAGUUGCUUCGAUCAGUCCUCGGUCACUGAGCGACAGUUGACUCUCUUCAACAUGGAUGUCCGCAGCACGCUCUUCCCGCUCGAGGAGUCGCUCGAGGAGAAGUUGCUUGAGCGCGACGUGGAUCCGGCCAAUUUCCCGCUCUCCAACAUGUUACCCGCCCCAGAGUCUGCAAAGGCCAGGUACACCAACAUCUCAGUACCUUCGAUGCGCCGAUUCGUGACGGAUUCGGGCAAGCUCGCGAAGCUGGAUCAACUGCUCCGAGAACUCAAGAUGGGUGGCCACCGUGUGCUCUUGUACUUCCAGAUGACGCGUAUGAUAGACUUGAUGGAAGAAUACCUCACGUACCGCAACUACAAGUACUGUCGUCUGGACGGAAGCACCAAAUUGGAAGACCGGCGGGACACGGUGCACGACUUCCAAACGCGACCCGAGAUCUUCAUCUUCCUGCUGUCGACCCGUGCCGGUGGUCUCGGUAUCAAUUUGACGUCUGCCGACACCGUCAUCUUCUACGACUCGGAUUGGAAUCCCACGAUCGAUUCGCAAGCCAUGGACCGAGCUCACAGACUGGGUCAAACCAAACAGGUGACUGUGUAUCGACUCAUCACGCGCGGCACCAUCGAAGAACGCAUCCGCAAGCGAGCGAUGCAGAAAGAAGAAGUCCAACGUGUCGUCAUCACAGGCGGAGACGGGGCGGGUGUGGACUUCAAUACCCGCGAUCGGCGUGAGAACCGGACCAAGGAUAUUGCCAUGUGGCUCGCGGACGACGACCAAGCGGCACUUAUUGAGCAGAAGGAAAAGGAGAUUGCCGAGAAGCCUGAUGAUGAGAACACGAAGAAGAGAAGCAAGAAGGCCGCAGCCGCUGCAGCCCGACAGAAGCGCAAGGGCGAAAUGAGUUUGGAUGACAUGUAUCAUGAAGGCGAAGGACAUUUUGAAGAUGCUUCAGCGAAACCGUCCGGGGCCGCGACGCCAGUCAGCUCUGCAGAGGCAGCUGGACCGAAACGUGGGCCUCGUGGCGGACGAGGUGUGAGCAAGAAGGCCAAAACGGCCAAACAAAGACUUGCCAUUGUUGAUGCCGAGGGAGAUCUCGGCAUGAGUGGGACAUGA